GCCCGCCGACCCUGGUCACCGUCGGGAUCUACAUCAAGAGCAUGUCCGACGUGUCCGAGACCGAUCAGAGGUACUCGAUGGACACGUACUUCCGCCAGUCCUGGUUCGACCCGCGGCUUCGCUUUUCGCUGCCGGGCAUCGACGAGUUCUCCAUGUCGUGGCUGUUCCUGGACCGCGUCUGGAAGCCCGACACGUACAUCGUCAACGGGUACCGCUCCUACCUGCACCGCAUCACCGUCCCCAACAAGUUCGCUCGCGUGCGCUCCGACGGCUUCGUCACCUACUCCAUGAGACUCACGCUGCAAGCCAGCUGCCCGAUGCACCUCCGCAAGUUCCCACUGGACUCGCAGCGCUGCCCGCUUCUCAUCGGGAGCUACGGGUACAUGGCCUCGGACCUGGUGUACGCCUGGCACCCCACGGGCGUGGGGCUGGAGCCGGGGGUGGAGCUGGCGCAGUACGACCUCGUCAACGUCACCAUCACGGACGAGCUGCUCAUUAGGCGGGGCGCAGAGGAGUUCUCCAUGAUCUCGGCCAUGUUCCACCUGCGGCGCAACACCGGCUACUACACGCUGCAAGUGUUCGUGCCCUGCGGCCUCAUCGUCUGCUCCUCCUGGGUCAGCUUCUGGAUCGACCCGGACGCCGUCCCGGCCAGGGUGUCACUGGCCGUGACGACGGUGCUCUCCAUGACCACGAUGGGCUUCGGCGGUCGCUCCUCCAUGCCCAAGGUCAACUACGCCACGGCGCUCGACUGGUUCGUCAUCAUGUGCUUCGCCUUCGUGUUCGCCGUGAUGCUAGAGUACGCCGCCAUCAACUUCAUCGACAAGGUGACGGUGGACCUGCGGCGGCUGCUCGAGGAGCGCAAGCAGAAGAAGAAAAAGAACAGCACGGGCAGCGUGCACGCCUCCGUGUCGGUUGCGGGGCCCGACGCCCUCGCGACCGCACUCAGCUUGCCCACCGCCGUCCGGAGGUCGCGGUCCUCGUCCCUGGACGCGGGCACGAGGCCCGGGGGAGCCCAGCACCUGCGCCGGUCUCUACAGGAACGCGGGCCUCGGUGGCGUCCGUCUGCGCAUUCGGCAGUGGCCGCGUACUCGGCCGCGCCUGCCGGUUCCUCGUCUACGAACACUACCCCCGUGACGCUGCCCCCUAGGACAGAGGCGCCGGCCCCGGCCGCCACCCCGAGGACCUUGGAGCUGUCCGUAACCGCGUCCUCCGGUUACGUCGUGACUUCCCCGAGAGUGUCGAACCGGACCGCGUUCCUCUCGUCGGCGGCCCUCAGGACCGACGGGGCCCCCCCGACGACUGUCGCUGGACGUGCAGUCGCGACCACGACCAACAGAGAGGGCACAGGAACCUCCACGACGCGCAACAGUGCUGGUUCACCGGCGUCGACGUUGAGGCCGUGGGCGAGCUCCGGGGCCUCCUCGCCGACGGCCCGGCGGGGUGCCCGCACACCGGACCCAGUGCUCAGGACGGCGCCGGAGCUCAUAGUGACCCCGACCACCAGCGCGGAUCGGACGACGGGACCGCGUCCGAGUCCUUCACAUUCCCACACCGAGGAUGAGAUUGCGUUCGCUGACCAGGGCAACUCUGUAGGUGCGCAGGGGGACGUCCCUGCGUCCUCCUCAAACUACACUAUCCCCAUCGAGGUGGACGCCCGGCCGGCCCAGGACUCGCUGGGCGUUCUGCUCGUGGUGCCCGAGGUCGAGGGCGUUGCCAGACAAGGGUCUCCUACCCUGCGAAGGACCCAGUCUUUACGGAGGUGCUUGUCUGUACCCUAUCGACUUUGGGAACAAACUAGAUUUUUGCCCAAUGAGGAAGAUGUUACCAGACAAAUGCAAAGCAAUGAAGAGCCGGAAAAGUUUACAAAAAUUGAUAUUGUUUCUCGAAAGGUUUUUCCAAUCGCUUUUGUGUCUAUGCUAAUAAUGUACUGGAUCAUGUAUGGGUUUUACAUAUCAGAUGUGUUUCCUGGAGAGGAAGGAAAAGAUGUAUUAUAUGAACUUGCAUAUCCAAAAAAGAAAGUGUAGAUAUGUAUCAAGAAUAAAU